GAAGAAUCAAAAGCUCAGGUCUCUAACCCUCCACUGUCUCCGCCACCUAAAUCAUCUCAAGAAAACCCCAGGCAGUCUCAGUGAUUUGGAACUAUUUUCUAAAGAACUUAAAGGUAAGCUGGAGUAUGCCAGCCUCAGUUAGAACAUGCUUGGAGGCUUGGAACAUAUCUGGAAUGACAUAGAAGGGGAAAUUAUGCUGGUCUUCGAUUCCUUUGGCUAUUUUGUGGGCAAUUUGGGCUGUAAGGAACAGCAGGACUUUUGAUCAGAAAGCCUCCUCAGAAGCUGAGAUCAUUAACAGGGCUAUAGAGCUUCUUAGGAGCUGGUUGUCUAUACACACAGGUUUUAAAGAGGAUACAUCUGAUUGUACUUUUUUGAGGGUACCCACAUUCCCUGGUUUCUCUGCUUCUCCUAAUGGUGCAAUUCAGAUGUAUCCAAUCAUGUACCCUGCACUUGUUCCUGGCUUAAUCCUUGUGCAGAAUCAGGAACGCACUAACCAUGGUGCUGGCAUAUAUGCUGUUCCUGUUCUCCCAUCCGUGGGGCCAAUGUCUGGACUACCUUCCAACACUCUUAUUCCCCUUACGUACAAUCUACCAACAAGGACAGCUACACCUGAGGGUGGAGCUGUAAACGAGGAGCAAGGACAAGAGGGACUGCAACAACAUGCCCCACAAAGACAGGUUGAGAGGAGAUUUCAGUUUGCUUUUCAGAUUGACUUGUUGCUCAUACUGAAGCUGGCAGCUGUGAUUUUCGUGUUCAACCAAGAUGGAUCAAGACAAAGACUCAUUCUUCUUGUCUUUUUUGCUUUGCUGGUGUAUCUAUACCAGACUGGGGCCCUUAUGCCACUUAUGCGGAGGCCAGUAGCACCUCCACAACCACGACCUGUUAGAGAUGAGAAUGGCCCUGCUCCUGUUAGAGAACAGGAUGAGAAUGUUGCUUUGGCAGAGGUACAACCUGGAGAUGAAAAUGAGAUUCAACCUCAAGAUAACGUGAACCAGCAUGUUGAAAACGAGAAUCAGCCAGAACCUGGUGCAAGGGAUGGUAUAAACUGGUGGGGGAUUGCAAAGGAGAUCCAAAUGAUUGUUGUUGGAUUCAUCACUUCCCUCCUUCCAGGGUUUCACAACAUCGAUUAAUUCUCUGUAUAGAUCACCAACUUCAUGGAAAUACAUUUAUACUUGAUUUUGGACUAAUAUUCUUUCUACCAUUUCAGGUAUAAUACAUAAUUAUAAAAAAAAAGGUA